AUGUCUGGUGACCAGACGAGCUAUGACCCAGAACUUAUAACUUUAAUCAGCUACGAGUAUAUCAUCACGCUCGACGCAGAGCUUGAUCUCUUUUGGCGCCAGAGGAUAACAGGCGCAUCUGCAAUUUUCCUCAUCAACCGGUACUGGGUCCUGAUCUACAACCUCACAUUACUACAAGACUACAGGCCUUUCUCGCAAUCGAGCUGCGCUGUGUGGGUGAACGGCACAAGAGUCGUCGAGAUUCUCAGCUAUGUUCCAUGGGCCUCCUUCUCGGCCCUCCGCGCAUUUGCUCUCAGCGGGAGAUCAUGGCUAGUUGGAGGUGUUGUACUUUUGUUAUCAAUGGCCCCGGUUGGCGUGAACUUCGUGGAUUUUCGUUACUCCACCGUCACCAUCGACCCUAUAUGGGGGUGUGGUCAAGACGUGGCUGAGUCUUACUCCCUCUCUACUGCACUAACGGCCAUCUCGCGAUCGUCCCUUAUCCUCUCGGACCUAAUCGUAAUCGUCGUCACCUGGAUGGCGACAUACAAGGCCACCAAGAUUGCUCGGGCGGCGGGGCAGAAUUUGCGAUACAGCUUCUCUGUCCUACUACUUCGAGAUGGCUCUGUAGCUGCUUCCCUUCUCGUGCCCAAAGUGGAAUCCGUACUAACGUGCUCUCAGAUCCUCACGUCUUCCACUGACGACAUCAGCUCUAUCAUCCUCCUCGUUGAGCCGUACACUCUCACCGACGCCACACGCGACGCCCCUAGGAUGAAUGCGGUUCUCGUCGGCCGCUUCCUCCUCAACCUCCAGGACACGAAUUUCCGCAUCUCCCAGGCAGGGAUGACAUCGCUUCCUACGCGUGAUGGGCCGUUGCGAGCCGAUCAGGACAGGAUAAACACGGUCGUCUUCUUCAAAGAGCGGGUCCUGGGCUCUCUCGCGGACUCGAUCGGCGACGAUUCGACAGCGAUCGAAGACGGGUCGAACGAGUACGAGUUGAGCCCUGAGCUUGAAUACCGUGGGGUCACUAGAAACGAUGUGCGGGCGACCGGGCACGGGCCGUGUAGUACAGAGGGAGAGCGAGGGAUGUGA